GAGUCAGCUGGCCAAUGUUUACAUCCAGCGCUGCUCGCCGUGAACGUUUAUGGGAAGAAACCGAGAGAUAGAAACAACAGGAGACAGUUAACCGAAUAGACAGCAUAAACUCAGCAUAUUCAGUGUGUUUCGGGUUGUCAGACGAUUCAGCUCGGUCGACUGUGAAGUCGUCGGGGUGUUUCCCGUGACGAGUUUCUACCCAAAACACCCCCAUCCCGAUUUUUCCUGUCUUUGUCUUCAUUUGCGUCUACUUUUUGCAGAGCUAAAAUGGGAGGUGCGGUCAGCGCCGGGGAGGACAAUGACGAGUUAAUUGACAACCUGAAGGAGGCCCAGUACAUUCGCUCUGACCUGGUUGAACAUGCCUUCAGGGCCAUUGAUCGUGCUGACUACUAUCUGGAAGAAUUCCGUGACAGUGCCUACAAGGAUCUGGCCUGGAGACACGGCAACAUCCACCUCUCCGCGCCCUGCAUCUACUCUGAGGUGAUGGAGGCUCUAGACCUGCAGCCUGGCUUGUCCUUUCUUAACCUGGGCAGUGGCACAGGCUACCUCAGCACCAUGGUGGGACUUAUACUAGGGCCAUUUGGUGUGAAUCAUGGUGUGGAAUUGCAUGAAGAUGUUAUAGAAUAUGCUUAUCAGAAGCUGGACUUCUUCAUCAAGACUAAUGAUAGUUUUGACAGGUUUGAGUUUUGUGAGCCUUCCUUUGUGGUGGGCAACUGCCUGGAGAUUGCCCCAGAAAGCAGGCAGUAUGACAGGGUUUAUUGUGGCGCAGGGGUCCAGAGAGAACAUGAAGACUACAUGAAGAAGCUGUUGAAGGUUGGGGGUAUCUUAGUACUGCCACUGGAAGAAAAGCUCACCAAAAUUACUAGGACGGGAUAUAACACAUGGGAGACGAGAAAGAUAAUUGCUGUGUCCUUCGCACCACUUGUGCUCCCUAAACACAGGGAAAAUGGCAAACCGAGAGCAGUGUCUCUACCUGCCAUGUUCGAGGUGCGGAGUCUUCAGGAUUUGGCCCGCAUCACCAUCCGCCACAUUCUAAAGAAAUCCGGAUCUGGAUCCUUGCCGCUACCCAGGAGAACUGGAUUGAAGCGAAGAAAUCACCUUAAACAGAGACGGGAGCACCGUGACACCCCUCUUCUGACCAAUAGUUAUUUGUUCAUGAGUCGCUUAAUUCCCGGACCCAUGGACAACAACAACAACCAGUCAUCCACAGACAAUGAGGAUGAGGAUGAAGACUGCAGAAGGGUUUGUGAACAACUAGAGGAGAAAGACGAAAAUGAGAGGAGGAAUGAGGGCAGUAUUUUGGUGAUAGAGACUCCAGUUAACCUCUUAAGAGAGAGGAUCCUUAGCCUACCUUUGCCAGAGCCUCUCAAGAUGUAUCUUCUUUACUAUAGAGAGAAGUAGACUUCUCCUUCCAGUGAAAAAGUGAAUCUACCUAGCACUGUCAAAUCAAGAAUCCAUGGCACUUUUGCAUAAUCCUGGUAACCUUUCUCAUAGAAUUGCACCACUCUUUGUUCUGCAAAGUCAGUUAAACCAAUUCUCAUUUGGUUUAAUGCUCAAUCUGGAUUCAUGGUCUAGAAUGCUGACAAUUAAAGGAGAAGUCAACUUCCAGAACAAAAAUGUACAGAUAAUGUACUCACCCCCUUGUUAUCCAAGAUGUUCAUGUCUUUCUUUCUUCAGUCGUAAAGAAAUUAUGUUUUUUGAGGAAAACAUUUCAGGAUUCUUUUCCAUAUAGUGGACUUCUAUGGUGCCCCGAGUUUGAACUUCCAAAUUGUAGUUUAAAAGCGGCUUCAAACGAUCCCAGCCGAGGAAGAAGGGUCUUAUCUAGUGGAACGAUCGUUAUUUUCAUAAAUAUAAUACAAUUUAUACACUUUUUAAUAUCAAACGCUCAACUUGUCUUGGACUGGGUUUUUUUCCGGUUAUGUCGCAAAAUUCCCAUUUCACGUUCUCCCUCAACUUCAAAUUCGCCGUAUAUCGCUGUUUUACCUUUUUUUGUUAAGGGUAUUUGAUCUUCUUUGCAUGUUCACUUUGCAAAGACUGGGUCGGUACUUCUGCAGCAAUGUAAGAUGAUUUUGAAAUGAUUUUUUUAAGUUGAAGGAGAAAAUACGAUUGGAGUUUUUCGACAUACCCUAACUGUCUUGAACCAGAAUACACAGAGUUCAGGCAGAGCAAGACAAGACGAGCGUUUGAGAUUAAAAAGUAUUUAAAUUGUAUUUUUUUAAUGAAAAUAACCAAUCGUUUUGCUAAAUAAGACCCUUCUUCCUCGGCUGGGAUCGUUUACAAUCACAUUUAAACUGCAUUUUGGAAUUUCAAACUCGGGGCACCAUAGCAGUCCAUUAUAUGGCGAAAAAUCCUUAAAUGUUUUCGUCAAAAAACAAUCUUUUUUGCGACUUAACGAAAGACAUGAACAUCCUGGACGGCAAGGGGGUGAGUACAUUAUGUGUAAAUUUUUGUUCUGGAAGUGGACUGCUCCUUUAACCUUGGAUUCAAGAAAGAGUGUGAAAACUGAUUUAUUAACAUUUUCAUGUUAUUUGUGCAGUGAUGUUUUCAACAGUUCACAGUUUACUAAAUCAUAAAUGCAGUGUAUUCUCACUUGUUUUGUGUGUUAUAUACCAUUUAGUUUCAGCUCAUAGAUUUACUAUGAAAAGUAAAAAUCGAAAUAUUCUUCUGAUAUAUGGAUUUGUAAAAAUAUGUCUAAUUGUGUGCUGAAUUACACUUAUAUUGUGUGAAAAAUACAAUGGCACGUUUAAAAAUGUGAUCGUCCAACAAUGUCGUACAAUUUCAGGGAAUUCAAAAUGAAAGGCUGAUUAUCUAAGGUGUUUUGGCAAUUUGAAAUAGUAUUGGGUUUGUACUGUUUUCAGGGCCUUUGCGUUUGCUUUUUGCUAUAUGAAAGGUAUAGUCUAUAGUUGUGUAACAAGUUAUAAAAUGGUGCUCUGAAUUGUGGUCAUGCUCUGAUGUGCACUUUGUCCAGUGAUGUAGAAUGCACUAAUGAAAAAAACUGUUUUGAAUUA